UGACUGAGGAGGGACAGGCGAGACUCUAUCUCUCUCUCUCUUUCUCUCUUUCUUCCUCGAGGGGGUUCUAGCUUGAAAUCGCGAAAUUUUGCCGGUACGCGCGCGUACGCCGCCGCCGGAGUCGAUCCGUCGACGUGAGAGUGUCGGGCGACGAGGACGAGGACGUGGACGUGGACGCGCGAGGAUUCCUCGCACAACGCUCGCGAUCGUCGCUUAUUGAUUUCCGCAGGAGAGACGCCGCGCGCGUUCACCGUUUCGCUCGUCACGCGAAUUUUCGGCCGCACCGUUCGUCGCCGCGUCGCGGCGUUUCGCGUCGCGGCCCCGCGAUCGAUUCGCGCGGGCUCCUGCCCCUCGUCGCACCUGCGUGCACCUACUCUCUCUCUCUUUCUCUCUCUCUCUCUCUCUCUCUCUCUCUCUCUCUCUCUUUCUCUCUCUCUCUCUUCCUAUCUAUCUAUCUAUCUAUUUAUCUUGGUCGCCCUCUUCCCUUCCGUCUAUCUCCCUCUCUAGUUCUAUCUCCCUCUAUUUCUCUAUUCCUCUUUUUGUGCAUUCUACUGUGUCUCUCGAUCAUCCGCGAUCCGCAGCAGUAGAGCGCUCUCGAGAGGCAGCGUCUCGAGUGCCGUCGUGAAGAACCAUUGCUGGGCCGAAUCGGUGCAGUUAUACUCUUGGCACAAGGAUAACGUCAGGAUGCACGUCUUUUGCGCGACUAUGCGCCGCGUCGCGCAGCAGAUAUGAGAAGCGAGGCGAUACAAGAAACGAGCCGAAUGAUGUUCAAUUGACGAAGACUGCGCAGCGCUAGGAAUGGCCCUCUUCAGUUCCGUCUUCCUGGGUGUCUGGGGAGUGUUCGUGGUCAUUUUGAUACAAGAAUCGACACCCGUUAGCUGGGAGGAAUGGUGGACGUACGACGGUAUUUCCGGUCCCGCCUUCUGGGGUCUUAUCAACCCGGAAUGGUGGCUCUGUAACAAAGGUCGAAGACAAUCACCGGUCAAUCUCGAGCCCACUCGGCUGCUUUUCGACCCGAAUUUACAACCGCUUCACUUGGACAAACACAGAAUCAACGGUGUGUUGGCGAACACCGGCCACAGCGUUGUGUUCGCCGUGGAGAACGACACUCGCCAUCCCGUCAACAUAUCCGGCGGACCGCUCAGUUAUCGUUAUCAGUUUCACGAGAUCCAUCUGCACUUCGGCGCGGACGAUCGCAUCGGCAGCGAGCACACCGUCGACGGGCACGCCUUCCCUGCCGAGCUCCAGAUAUUCGGCUUCAACUCGCAGCUCUACAACAAUUUCUCGGACGCUCUGCACCGAGCACAAGGGAUCGUGGCGGUGUCGCUUCUUUUGCAGGUGGGCGACCUCUCGAACCCGGAGCUAAGGACGUUCACGGAGCAGCUGGAUAAAAUCAAAUACGGAGGGCAGGCCAUGGAAAUUAAACGUUUCGGAGUGCGCGAACUUCUGCCGGACACGAAGCAUUACAUGACGUACGACGGCUCCACCACGAUGCCGGCGUGUCACGAGACCACCACAUGGAUCAUCCUCAACAAGCCCAUAUACAUCACCAAGCAGCAGUUACACGCUCUAAGGCAAUUGAUGCAAGGCGACGAGAAACAGCCGAACGCGCCGCUUGCGAAUAACUUUAGACCACCGCAACCCCUUCAUCAUCGUCCAGUGCGGACGAACAUUGAUUUUAAUGUUCAGGGCCCGAAGAAUUGUCCGACGAUGAACAGGGACAUAUAUUACAAAGCCAAUAGCUGGAAAUAAUACCCAGCACUGCCGUGAGGUCGACGUUCGCAGUAACUACGCUUUUCCCCCCGGAACGAGCUGGAACUUCGCUGUAAGGAAAAAAAAUUGACAUAUCAAUUACAGGCGCGACGCCAGGUCACAAAAGUUGCGGCGGAGAAAACGCGAGGAGGGUGACCGACGGCGCCCAUGGCGUUGAGAGGUCGAGAUUAAAAAAGAAAAAAAAGAAAAAAAUGCUUCGUUGUACUUAUUAGACGUGAAUUGCCAAGUAUGUUUCCAGUUAAACAAGAAAAAAAAUCCCAGAUAUACCUAUAGAUCACAAGUUAGACGAGAUAAGCUCUAAUCGUAAGAUCUAUUAUUAUACAUAUAUCGGUAAACUAUCGAAAAAAAAGCUAUGACUAUCGUGGCCUGCGCGGGGUUUGAGAGAUGCAAUUAUAUGUAUGAAAAUUCACGCGCGACGGAGCGCGCUAUCGAGCAAAAGUUUAUACUAUAUUCUUGUAAUAAAAGCUUGAAAACGCAAA